CAGAUUAACGGCCUGUCUUGAAUUUUUCAUCUAUUACGUCACGUUGGAAGGUGAUGAAGGUCACAGUACGGCAUUAGGCAACAUGGCACAUGGCUGUAGGUGCCACUGAUUGAUCUCUACGAUUUAUUUUAGUUUAAUUGUCUAGAAUUCGUUCUUUAGGAUAUCCAUAAUGUUUAGGAAUAUACUUCGGCCUGAAAUCGUCAUUGAUAUUGGAAAAUGUUCCAGGAAAUUUGCCCAAAAUGAACGGUCAAAGACGAGCACGUUUCUGGGGGCUUGUAGGUCACUGGUAAACAGAUGCAGCCAGGAGUUAGAAGUCAUAGGAGGAAUAUUUGUAAAGCAAUGUAAUGCUGUUGUCAUACACCGGGCUAAAAGAGGUUGUCAGAUAUUGACAUCAUAUAAUCGAUUAUAUGAUGAAAAACUAGCUAAAGAAGUGAUGAAAAACUUUGUACGGAAUUUGAAGAAGAGGGGGCGGCGAGGGAUACUCAUGAGUGGAGCAGGAUUUGCAGCAAAACAGAAUAUUUCAGACGAUGAACUACUAAACUGUGUUGCAGAUAUGCACCACAUUGAAAAUCUGAAUGAAUACACCAGGAAACAGAAAAGCUCUUCCAAAGAUAAAAUUUCAGAGACAAAUAACACAGGCAAUGGAAAUGGGAAUGACUCGCAUUACAUGGAUGAUUGGGAGUGUGUUAUUGACAAAGAUACAUUCAAAAUAUGGAGAAAACAAAUGGCUGAUAGCCAUUUGUAUGAAUACAAAGUAUUUGGUAGAUUCUAUGAUAUUCCUGCUACUGCUUUCCUUGAUGUUCAGAUUGAUCUGGAGUUUCGAAAGACAUGGGACAAAAUGGUGAUAAAUCUAGAAAAGGUGGAAGAAGAUAAAGAGUCUAAUAAUGAAAUUGUGCAUUGGGUCACUCGAUAUCCGUACCCAAUGUAUGCAAGGGAAUAUGUGUAUAGACGUAGAUUUAAGGUCUUUGAAGAGGAGAAAGUGAUAGUACUGGUGUCCAGAUCCACUGACCAUGAGAAAUGUCCAGAGACUAAGGACUAUAUCAGGGUCAAACCAUACAGUUCUGGUAUGGUCAUCAAGCCCCACACAGAGUUUGAUCAAAAUGGAUUAGAUUAUUUGAUGACUUACCAUGAUGACCCACAAGCCCCAAUUCCUUCAGUUGCAUACAAAUGGAUAGCCCGUUCAGGCUUGCCAGAUUUUGUGGAAAGACUUCACAAGGAGGCUAAAAACUAUCAGGAUAAAUGCAAAGGCCGCAAAAAGCCAAAGACUGGCAGAAUUCACAAGGAAGUUGAUAUUCAACAAUAUAACAGUGCACAUCCUUUAGCAGCAUGAUAAAAGCAUUUUGACUCCAAGUCGAGUAGUCUUCAGAUUUCUGCUGGGGAUAAUUAUAUUAUGACUUAAUUAAACAUCUGCAUUUUGUUUGCAGAUUGUUCACUGUAAAUAUUUAUUUUUGCUCCAGGUCAUUGGAUGCCCUUUAGCAGCAAAAUAAAUACGUUGAUAUUUUUUA